GUGCUGUCUCUCCAAGUUCACCAUGGAUCCAGAAAAAGUACAGUCUUCACUAGAAUAAAAGCAGAUGAUCUACAAAGAGUUAACGGCUCACCGGCCUGGAUUAGUGUCUCCUUGGGCUGGCAGGAGGACAAGAGGAUUGGAAGCAGGAGUAUUAGACACAGCAGGAAAUCCAGAGAAAAGAACUGCACGGAACUCUCUGGAAGAAGCCAAGAUUUGUCUUCUAGGAUCUCAUACAGCCUGAUAACUGAGAUGAUGAUACAUCUACUGGACCACGUACCAGAGGAUCUGCCAGUUAGAGACACAGAUGACUCAACUCAUCUGUUGGAAGGUAAGAGUGUGACGGCUGAGGCACAGGUGGACAGGAUGAGCCAGAAGGAACCAAACUACAGACUCUUUCAUCUUCACGAGGAGCCCACAUUGGUGAAGGAGCUUUCUCCGAAGCAACACGAUAGAAGCAAAAGGUACCCAGAGUUCUUACACUGUGUCUGCAGCAGAUUGACUCCAUACGAAACCGAAAGGAUUGCAUUUUCCUCGGAUGUCUGUACCAAAAAUGACUCAAACAUCAAGGAUGCCGGGUUCAAAAAUGUUUUUGCAAACAGUAUUGUUUUAUUGUUUUUCUACCACACACCUCAUAAUUUAAGACACUACAAAGCAGUCCAAGCAAUCUGGUGAUGGCAUAUCAAUGCCCAGAGGAGAGGCUGGGCAGGUUCCUGUCUAGCUGAAGGGGAGGAGGUGGAGACAGGGUUAAAGGCAAAAUCUUGGCAGAACAAGGGGGUUAGAGGCAUGACAAGGAAGUUUUCUUCUGAAAAGUAAAGAUCAAUUGACUCUUCACUGCAUGCGGGCAUCGUGUGUGUUCUGGACACACGUGAACUGAAUUGCUGCUAUUA